AAACGCUGGCCCUAGAGGCGCUCCUGCGAUGUGCUUCAACAAAGCAGAGCCACUGGUUAACUACUCCUUUGGAACACGUCAGCAGAGGAAGCUCUUUCCUCACUUCCAUCCCCCAAGCUUGCUGGGGAACAAGUUUCUCCCUCUCAGCGGAGUGUCCCACCGAGGGCCUGGAUAUUACAUACCAGAAGAUAAGUACGGUUUGGCAUACAACCUGUCUAAAAUCCCGACCAGUCGAAAAGAAUAUGCUUUUGGAGCCAGAACAGCCAUGAGGUUUAAGCCAAUCAGUAAGGAUACAACACCUUACCCAGGCAUGUACCAGACAGUCAAUCCUUGGGGACAAAAAGACAAACGAAAUUUUGCUCCAUUUAAUGCCUUGUCACCUCGAUUUAGGACAUACUCAAAGGACCCUUGUUAUCCUGGACCUACCACAUACAACCCAGAGAUAAAGCCACCUCGGAAAGUCACCUGGCCAAUGAGAUUUGGAUCUCCAGACUGGGCUCAGAUUCCAUGUCUACAGAAAAGAACCCUGAAAGCUGAGCUGUCCACAGACAAAGACUUUAGGAAGCAUCGGAGCCGUGUGGCCUACCUAAGCCUGUAUUACAACUGAAAAGCUGUGACCACCUUCACGUGUUCCUCUUGACCAUGGAGUCUCCAAGAUUGAGGGCAGAAUUUGAAUUUCAUCAAAUGCUUUUUCUGCAUCUAUUGAAAUGAUCAUGUGAUUUUUGUCCUUUCUUUCGUUGAUGCGGUGUAUCACAUUGAUUGAUUUGCAUAUGUUGAAACUUGUGUCCCUGGGAUAAAUCCAACUUGAUCACAGUAGGUGAUCUUUUUUAUGUAUUGUUGGAAUUGUUUGCUAAUAUUUUGUUGAGGAUUUUUUCAUAUAUGUUCAGAAAUUAUAUUGGCCUGUAAUUUUCUUUUUUGUUAGUGUCUUUGUCUGGUUUGGGCAUCGGUGAUGGUGGCUUCAUAAAAUGAAUUUAGGAGUGUUCCCUCCUUCUCAAUCUU